ACUCAAUUUGAGAGCCAUCGUCAUUUCCUCUAGGUAUCUCCGAAAGUGAUGAGGAUUUAUAGGCUAACACUAUAUAAGACCUGUGUCCUAUUUCAUUUGUUGCAAUUGUGACAGGUCAUAUUAACGUAGGCUACGACUCGUGGAUGGAAUCGUGUAGUAGCCUACUUACUCUUCGUUGCUAAGAGGCUUUGGCUGACGCUGUUCUUAUCGUUACAUCGAUAAACAUGUCAGAACAACUGCAGACGUUUUACCUCUCUUCAAAACCGAUCAGUCGACAAUACGAGCGCUCAGAAAGAGAUGUGCUACAAAGUAACUUGUUUGCCAUAGCUUACUGCCAACCAGGGCCGUUGGCAUAUCUGCAGUGAUGUUUUUGUAGGGCCCCUAAAGUAGGCUACAUAUACUAAGGUGGCACCGCAUAGUGAAGCAGUGACUGCCCUCUUUGAGUGUUUAAUAUGAGAAUAAUGAAUUGCCCCGGUUGUGACUAGCCGAAUCGAUUCAGAGGGCUGGUCGCCUGAUUUACGCCUCUUUUUUCCAAGAAUACCCAUUCCCUUUGGGUGCCUAUACUAGCCUGCCCCCGUUUCCACGCCUCGUCGUAAACCGGAGGAGAAAGCCAAGGAAAAAUAUCCAACUCGUCCUUGCUUGGUGUGCAGUUCCUGAAUACUACUGGCUAACACGUUUGUCUGGAAGGAGAGCUUGAGGUCUGACAGCAACAAAAAUGACGGUUGGCGAAAGAAAACGUAAACGGAAAGGUUGAUCACAUGCAGUAGGAGGGACUAAACAAAAUGUUGCCGAAUUUGUGGUGCCUUUUUGCCCAAACGUCACCUGGAUUCAAAAAUGCUGAAUGAGGAGAGAGAUGAGGACAACCUACUGAAUGCCAUGGGAAUUCCUCAUCACCUGACCUACUGGGAUUUAAACUGACAGCUGAUACCCUCAAGGGGCCCUAGGAGAGUGGACAGGGGUAUGAUGGAGAUGAGGGCACUGCCAAUGGAGCUGUGGCGGCUGAUCCUGGCCUAUCUGCCCCUCCCUGACUUGGGCAGGUGCUGCCAGGUGUGCCGGGCGUGGCGCGAGCUGGUCCUCAGCCUGGAUGCCACCCGCUGGCGCCAGCUCUGCCUGGGCUGUCCCGAGUGCCGCCACCCCAACUGGCCCCGUCGGCCCAACCUGGAACCACCCUCCUGGAGAGAGGCACUGCGGCAGCACUCCCUGGCCAGCCGUACAUGGGCUCAGAAUGUUCCAGAGCUGCAGUCCUCUGCGUGCCUCACCCUGUUCCGCAGGCGCAAGGACAGGCGGGUAUGGCGGGUGGGGGCCGGGCCGGGCUGUGACUUUGAGACCCUGAGGGGAGCGCUGACGGUGGCAGGACCAUACGACCGAGUGGCACUCCAACCGGGCCUCUAUGAGGAGCAGGCUGAGGUGUCCCUCAAGGUGCCUGUGGAGAUUGUGGGCAUGGGCAAACUAGGUGACGUGGCGCUGUUGGUUAGCUUUGAUCAACAGUGCCCCACUGCCCGGCUCUGCAACUUGGUGCUUAUGCCUGCUUGGUUCUCCCCUGUGGUUUACAAGACAUCAGCAGGUCAUGUCCAGCUGGAUAACUGUAACUUUGAGGGGGCCCAGAUGCAGGUGAGGGGCCCAGGCACCUGUCAGGCACGCUUCUGCUCAUUUGCACAGGGGGCCUCUGCGCACUUCUUGGGCGUGGCUCUGAGUUUGAUGGACAGCUGCGAGUUCAGUGGCAGCGACUCGGCCUCUGUGACCGCGGAAGGCCCGCCCGUCGCUGAGCGCAACUGGGCCUGCAAGCAUCUGGCUGCUCUUGUUAAAACUAUGGCAAUGAACUCCAUGGCAAUGACCCCAACAGACCCCCUCAAACAGGGCACUGGGAACAGCCCGUCCACAGCCAGGCCCCCUGGAGGGCUCAUCCCCAUGGAAACCUGGAUUGGUCAAGAGACAGACAAAGGGGGAGGGACGAAAGGGGGAGAAGGAGCACUUCUGGGCCAGGAGACAGUGCUGGAGGACGGAUGGGGCGAGGGGGACUUGAAGAAAGAGGACGAGGAGGAGGGUGGGGUGAUGAAGAGGGCCGAUCCAGCGUACUCCCUCUCCUACGAGGCCCAUGGGCUGGCCCAUCUGUGGCAGCGCGGCGGGGACGUGAGCGAGGCUGAGGAGCCGGUCCUGCGCUCACUGCCCGAGGAGCUGCAGGUGGAUGCAGACGCUCAGAUGCUGGUUGCCACGGUGUACGGCUGCGUGCUGCGUCACUGUCUGCUGCGCGACGGCAAGGGCGGCGUCCACAUGUGCAAUCAUGCCCACACGCGUCUCGAGGCCAAUGUCUUCACACGCCUGCACUACGCAGUCCGCUGCAUCCAGAAUGCCAAGAUGGUAAUGUUGGGUAAUGAGGUGAGUGGGUGUAGGGCCUCUGGGGUGUUCCUUCGCCUCUCUGCUCAGGGGCUCAUAGCGGAGAACAACAUCCACUCAAACGCCGAAGCUGGCCUCGACAUCCGCAAAGGAGCCGACCCCAUCAUUCUGUGCAAUAGAAUACACAGUGGUCUGCGCUCUGGGAUUGUUGUCCUGGGAAAUGGCAAAGGCUCUAUCCGUAGCAACCAGAUCUAUGGCAACAAGGAGGCCGGAGUGUACAUACUGUUUAAUGGGAAUCCUGUGGUCAGUGGAAACCACAUCUUCCAAGGGCAAGCAGCAGGCAUUGCUGUGAAUGAAAAUGGCCGAGGUCUUAUCACUGACAAUGUGAUCCGUGAGAACCAGUGGGGUGGUGCAGAUAUCCGCCGCGGGGGAGAUCCCAUCUUGAGGAAUAACUUCAUCUGUCACGGCUACUCUGAUGGGGUGGUGGUGGGGGAGAGGGGCAGGGGCCUCAUUGAAGGAAACCACAUCUAUGGUAACAAUGGCUGUGGUGUGUGGGUGAUGUCCUCCAGCUUGCCUCAGCUGCUGGGGAACUACAUUACCCAUAACCGCAUGUAUGGGCUAGCUCUCUUCUGCCGGAAGGACCCAGAGCCUGGAGCUGGGAGAGAGGGAGGAGUGGAGAGGGGGGUAGAGAGAGAUGGAGAGAGAGGAGUCGGAGGAGGAGAAAAUCUGAAUGAGGAAGGAGAGCUGUCAGCAUGGGAGAAUGACCUCGACAGUGAGGACGAGCGCUUCUCUGCUCGGCGGCCAAUCAGUGUCGCACUGGUAGAGAGCAACUGCAUGAGUCACAAUGGAGCAGAGGGAGUGUAUGUGAGGAGCUGUGAGAGUGUAAACAUCGUGGGCAACAUGGUGGGCGAGAACAGAGGCGUGGGUGUGGCCGUGCUGCAGAGCACCCAGCUCACGCGCCUGGUUGGCAACUGCAUCCGUGGGAAUGCCCACGCCGGAGUUACCGUGGCAAAGGAAUGCCGCGUGGAGCUCCGUGGUAAUGGUGUCUAUGCCAACGGUGGCCAUGGCGUCAGUUACUGUGGCGACGGACUGGUUGUAGAGAAUGACAUUGUGGGAAACCGCCGCAGUGGUAUCCGAGCAACAGACAAUGCAGACGUGAAGGUGCUGAGGAACCGCGUUCAGGCUGGCCUGGGCUGUGGGAUCUGCAUCGAGGAGCAGGUGCGAGGACUGGUUCAGGACAACCUGGUCUUCCAAGGCCAUUCAUCCAGUCCCACCCCCCAGAUCCAGCUGGACCCCCAGAACCAGGAGUGUGUGCUGCUCAACAACACCCUGCUCAGCCCCUCACUGCAGCAGGGAUCUGGCUGCCCUGACCCCCACUGGGCCCUGGAGAACCCCCCUCCACGUCCCCAUGGCAACGACCCAUCUGGUUCCAGCUCCUCUGCCCAUCCCACAAACCUUGCCAUUGCAGUUACGACAAGAAUUACAGCCUCAGUGGAGAGCGGUUGCCAUAACAACGGCAGCAUCUUCUGCACAGUUCUUUGAGGGUGACCUGUGAAGAUUCUUUUGACUACACAUGUCACCUUGACACUGAAGGGCCCAAAUAUGCACUCCAGGGCUGGUUUGGCCCACUGAAAGAGACUUACUGAGCAUACAUUUUACAGUCUGUUGUAGAGUUCACCUUUUUGAGUGAUAAAGCUGUGGUCAAACACCACAGCAUGAUGACUUGAGCCACGUUUGGUUAAGCGAAACAGGCCCAGUGAUGUAUGAGCUGAAUACAGGAAUGGCUGCUGGCGAUCGUAACCCAAGUGUCAAGAAGCCCAUCAAUGCCUUUACCACAGACGACGACAUCACUCCUUCGGCACCCACCAGCAGUGAGGCAUGUGCCAAAGCACAUGAAGAACUCUGAGGCAGGAGAGUAUGAUGGGAGGUCAAAGAGAAUAAAAGCACAAACAGGGUGGCGGUUGCUUCCCUGCUGAGGCCUUGAGAAGGUAAACAGCAGAGGUGUGCGUGCGUGCGUGUGUGUGUGUGUGUGUGCGCCAAGGGACCCCUCUCCCCAUGGCAUCAGCACCCAUCUGCACCUAGCAGGCAGCAGGGCCAAUUUAACCACGACACGCCCAGCUGCUUCUGCCAUGACAACACCUGACUGGGCUAUUCUCAAACCACACUGAGCCCAUGAAGCUAAAGGAUGGAAACCAGCACGAGUCUACUUAGUGUUCUACAAUGUCUCACAUGUCAUUAUGAAGUGUCAAUUCUCACAUUCCAUACCAGCAAUUUAUUUCAAACAAUCUGUCUGGGGUGGGGGGGGGUAUGGCCCGUUACUGGGCAAACGUUUCUUUUUUGACAUUACUGAAAUGCCUGUCUGUUGAAUGUACUCCUGUGGUUCCUUUAGUGAAACUGACACCACUGUCUUAGUAUUUGCCUCAGCUAAACCAUGACCCACAAACCCUGUUUACAAAUGUGCCUCUCUUUUUGUUUAAUUAAAAAUGAUAAAUAUGUA